AUGAGCUCCCAGAAGGGGAAUGUGGCUCGCUCCAGGCCUCAGAGGCAUCAGAAUACAGUUAGUUUCAAAAAUGACAAGUUUGAUAAGAGUGUUCAGGCCAAAAAAAUUAAUGCAAAGCUUCAUGAUGGAGUUUGUCAGCAGCAUAAAGAAGGUCUUGAAAGGUGUGUAACAUACAGCAAAUAUAAACCAUUGUCAAAGCCUUAA